UCUAAACUUUCAAAAGGAAUUUUUGUCACAAUCCCUACAGUGAUGAAUGUGUUGCCUUACUAUGCCUACCCAGAUUCAAUCCACUUGUUCAUGAUGGAAUUCAGGACAGAGUCCAGACAGAUCUGGAAACAGGACAUUUGGAAGUGGAGCCAAUUAUUCUCUGAACAUAAAAAUAUUACCACGAUCACAUGGUAUAGAUAUCGUGAGCCCUUUAAAUAUUUAUGACCUGAACUCUUGAUGAAAUUCUGCAUAGAAAUAGAACCAACUCUUAAGGAGUUCAACAAGUGUGCAUAUUUCAUUGGAAAAUCGCUUCCUUUAGAAAUAGGGUUGGUUAAACUUAAACCUUGAAUUUAUAUUGAAGAGAAAUGAAAUGAGGAAACAACUUUAUGUGAAUCGUUCGAAUGUGUUGCUUCAAAGAACUGCCAAGCUAGAGCCAUUAUGAACGGAGUCAAAAUGCUUUGAGAUGCAAUCAAUACCAAUAAUAAAAGAGCGCACUGAGAUAAGCUGACAAUCCAGACUCGUGAAGCAAUUAGUGGAUGUUGACAAACAAUAUAUGAAUUGCCCAGUAUUUUUGAAAUUACAGUUGGAGUAUUCAAAAGUGAAGAGAUUAUUAUAUUAGAAGGUUCCAUGAAUAUUCCAAAUGGUCGGACUCUAACAGCAGAUGAUCUGGAUUACUAUAAUAGAUCAUCAACGAAGUUCAUUGAUUCUGCAUCAUUCCCUAGCCUAUCAUUUCGUAAUUCUUCUGAACAAAGUCGAUCGUCAGACUGGAGAGUGAGACAGAUCGUUUUCAAUUGAUGGGAAAAAUUCAUAGCAACAAAGACUUGCAAUGAAAAGAUAAUUUCAUCAGUUAGGAAUAAAUACAGUUACUUAGAAAAAAUAGAGUUCAACUUCUCCUACAAAGCUUUCAUUUAUCAAUGGAGUCUGGCUAUCAAAGAAAUACUCAGAUUAUUUCCAGAAUGUCACUUGACUAUUUUGCAAGUUUAUGAGGAAUACCAACCCUGAUCAAUAAAAUGAAAUAAAUUGAAAUACGAAAAGUUUGAAGAUGACAAGAAAAUAACUUACCUUUUUGAAGACUGAAUUAUUGACACUUCUCUUGACAAUAAAUUUGAUUCACAAGAAUAUGUACGCAUCAUUCACCUCUUUGAUAUUACUGGAAAAAUAAUUUCUGUUAAAAUUGAAGAAGAUAUCAGCAAACCUUGAAAGAAGAAUCUUGACAAAGAAGAUAAGCCUAACUCAUUUGUUUACAGUCAAGAUGACACCCGAGAUGAAGUUAUUGAUGACAACUAUUCAGUGGCUACAAUCCUGAUUAAGGAUAUUACUGAUAUCAUUAUCCUUCCAAGCGAGAAUGCUCCUCAACGUAUUUAUGAUGAUUUGAGUAACUCCUUAAUGAAAAAUAAAAUGUUAUGAGCUAAGCCAAUAACUUUCCAGUUUGAAUACCAAGAAGAUGGACAAACACAGGCAUCUGAAACAGAGGAGUUUGAUGUGAUAGAAAACAUUGAUAGAGCUUCAAGUUUAAUGAACCUCAGGAAAAUUUACAGCAAUGUGCUAGAUUUUACCAUCAAAAAUCUCUGGCUGGUUAGAGACAUGAUUGAAAAGUGUCCAAACCUGGACUCCUUAUCUUUGACUUUCGAAGUAAAUAGCGAUAUUCAAAUUAGAGAUAUUCUAAGAGAAUUCGUUCAGAUUAUGAUUCAGAAGAAAGCAAUUUCAGAAGUUGAAGUAACCUUCAACUUAAGUGGGCAAGGUAAGCAAAGAGAAAGAAGGAUCUAUAUUGACUGCUGUAGGGUACUAAUAUAUGGGUUUGAUGGAUUGAUGGGAUUUGAAAGAGAUGAUGGUGAAGUGAGUUUUAAGAUUGAUUUGAAGGAUGAAUUUUUUUGUAAAACUAUGUCAAGGAAGUAUUAA